AUGGAGAACGGGCACACCAAGACGGUGGAGGAAGUGCUGGGCUACUUCGGGGUCAACGAAAGCACCGGGCUCAGCCUGGAGCAGGUCAAGAAGCAGAAGGAGCGAUGGGGAGCCAACGAAUUACCAGCUGAAGAAGGAAAAACUUUACUUGAGCUGGUGAUCGAACAGUUUGAAGAUUUAUUAGUUAGAAUUUUGUUGCUGGCAGCAUGUAUAUCUUUUGUGUUGGCUUGGUUUGAAGAAGGAGAAGAAACAGUCACAGCCUUUGUAGAACCUUUUGUAAUCUUACUCAUAUUAGUUGCUAAUGCAAUUGUGGGCGUGUGGCAGGAGCGAAAUGCUGAAAAUGCCAUUGAAGCUCUUAAGGAAUAUGAACCUGAAAUGGGAAAAGUUUAUCGACAAGACAGAAAAAGUGUACAAAGGAUAAAAGCGAGAGACCUCGUCCCCGGUGACAUCGUGGAAGUAGCUGGUGAGAACUUUUAUUUACUGCAUAAUAAUGGAUUUCAAUUGCUUACUACAUAA